CGGGAUCCACACUCCGUAUCUGAACUCCAUUACCCACAAUUCCUUUCAGCAUUAGUUUAAAGUUGAAGUGUCAUACUUUGCAAACAGCACCGGCCUGAGAGUCUAACACAUUAUGUUAUUUCUUUAAAUGUUCACAACUGCUGUUUGCGGAAGUAGAGCAUGUUACUCUGUGAUUUAGAGCUAAAAUGAAAGGAAGGUGUUUUCAUGAAUUCCGCUGCGAUCACUGAGAUUAAUCCCGACUGCUGUGGAGGGCUCGAUAAAGUGGACUAUAGCAAGGCAGACAUGUCUGUGUUGUAUGAGGUAAUGAAGUACAUUGAUCUGAGAGAGCCCAGCUUCUGCAUAGCUGUCAUCACCAUCAUCUUCAACCCAUUUUUCUGGAAUGUGGUUGCCAGAUGGGAACACAGAACACGAGGUCUGACACGCAUGUUUAAAAGCCCGUAUGCAGCCUGCUACUGCCUGGGUGCUGUCAUUCUGCUUCUCAAUGUUUACCGGAGUCACAGUAUUACAGUAGCGAUGGAGGGCCAACCUAAGAUGGAGCUGCUGGACAGAGUGCAUGUGUAUUACAUGGGCACAGCUCUCAUGCUAGUCGGCUCACUGUUUGUUAUCAGUAGCUUCCUGGCCCUGGGCUUCACUGGGACUUUCCUCGGAGAUUACUUUGGUAUCCUGAUGGAGCAGAAGGUGACUGGCUUCCCCUUUAACCUCAUGGAUAACCCAAUGUACUGGGGAAGCACUGCCAACUACCUAGGCCUUGCCUUAAUGAAUGCCAGUCCUGUAGGAGUUCUCCUCACCGCAGUGGUGGCAUUGUGCUACAGAGUGGCCAUCGCAUAUGAGGGUUCCCUGCCCGUCCCAGCCAGUGAACCCCUUGCUCAGGCUCGGGCUCUGGGCCUUCAGCCCCACCUAGCACAUACAUUGAUUUGGAUGUGCAGAUGACUGUCGGUUCCAGAGUGACUUACAGAAGUGGAUAAGAAUUCAGGCCUGUACUGUGUCUUACACCACGCAUGCACUCGCCCACUUAUUGAGAAUAUGUUGAAAGAUGAUUCAUCUGACCAUAUCGAUUUUAUUUCCACAUCUUUGUAGACCAGUGGCUGUGGUGUUUGCAACACUGAACUUGUCAUUCAUCUUCAGAAUAAUGGGUUUUAUGCACUGCACUGUAUGUUAAUGUCCCUCUCUACGCAGUUGUUCUUGCUGACAGUUUGAUCAUGUCCUGCACUGACAUUCACAGUCACCUGAACAGCAGUUGCUGUUCUGUUUUUUCAGAACAUACUAGACUUCCUUACAAAUGCACAAGUGUCACAGUAAUUUCAACUCUAUUUACGGAUGUCUUUCUCAUAGAUUUAAAUGCAGAUGUCAUUUUGUCAUUUUCAAACAAGCUGGCUAAAGCAACUCGGGUGAUUACUCAGGUUCUACCAUCUUGACACUGUUUCCUGUGCUAAACAUAAAUUAAAAUGCAGAACUUCUCAGAAAGUUUAUUUAUUAAAUUGAGUCUGGCUGUGGAUGUUCUUCCUUGGAUAGCCUUAGGACUGCAAUUGCAAGAACUGCAAGAACAAUUUACACUCAAGUCUCCAUCAUUGAACAGUUAAUAAUUCAGUUUGAUACAGUAGACUUCAAUUUAAAACUAGAAUGAAUUCAGAAAUUACUCUGAUGCUUAUACUCAUACGUAGCUCAUAAAUUCCUGUUUAUACAGUUACACUUUUUGACUAUAUACUAUACAGUUAUAGUAUAUAUAUCUCAUGUCACCCAGAUGAGGAUGGGCUCCCUUUUGAGUUUGGUUCUUCUCAAAAUUUCUUCCUCAUGUCUUCUCAAUGAGCUUUUCCAUGCCACCAUCACCUCUGGCUUGCUCAUUAGGAAAAAAUUUAUAAAUUUAAAAUUUAUGUCCAGAAUUUUUUAUUUUUGUAAAGCUGCUUUGUGACAAUGUCCAUUGUUAAAAGCGCAAUAUAAAUAAAAUAAAAUUGAAUUCAACAUAAAAGCAUAUCAUAUGCACAACCAGCACCUUUGAACUGAAGCUAGGACUGUAAAUGUAUUAUCUAUAAAUGUUAUAUGUAUAUAAGCACUUAUUGUAAAUGAAACUGUAACUGAUCAGGGAUUUAAUAUGCAUUGUAUAGCAUAAAGACCAAAUGAGUAGCUUUAAAUGAGGUUAGCCCUCAUGGUUACAGCUGUAUAUACCUCCCUCAUCUUAUUGGCUGAGGAGGAGGCUUCACAGUUAUUUAUAAUGAUACUUUAAGCAUUACCCAGAAAAAUGGAUACAAAUUUAACUAAUUUGAAGUACUCUUUAUUAACAUGGGACAUAAUUAGUCUUGACCAGCUCAUAAUUAGUCUUGACCAGUACUCUUUAUUAACAUGGGACAUAAUUAGUCUUGACCAGCAAUUACAGUUACUUUUGGCACAGCUGUCAGUAACUAACUCAAAUUCAUCAAAGCACCAACCAUAAGGUUCUUCUUCAAAUCACCAUUUCAAACAAAACAUUUUUUCAAUGUCUCCCUUAAUCUAUGAAUUUACCCCACAAAUAUACACAAGCAUAUAAUUGCCUAUUAUAAUAUAAUGCAGUAACUGCACAUCCAGUGAAAUUUGUUUAUAAAUUCUUGUUUGGCAAUUAGUCAGUGUUGUCACUAUUCCAUUCCUUGUGUAAUAGAGUUAUGAAUAUAGUUUUUUCUAGUAAUUAGUUGUAUAAUUACACAAAAUGUUUUACAUGUUCAAACCUUCUUGUCAUAUCCAGUGUGCUUUCUAAUUUACCAAAUUCACUCCCUUUGAAAAGUCCCUGCCUUUUCAAAAACUGUCACCGUCUUCAAUCAGUGCAUUUGUUCUGAUUGGGUCCAGCGCAGCUUAAUUGUGGUUGGCUGCGUCAGUCCAAAAUAAACAAUACCCUCAAAAAUGCUAUUCAUCUAAAAAUGUUAUGUCCUCUUUUUUUCUCUAAAAUUUGUGAUUACCAGUCACAGGCUCAAUUCAGAAUAUGUGCAACAAUGCAAAAAAAAAAAAAAAAGUGUUCCCCCUGCUCACCUGCUCUUGACACUUAAUUAGGUAAUGCCCAUACCUGAAGGUGCAAUGGGUACUCAAAUCCUACACACAACAUAAUAAGCAAUGGGACACAUAGAUGUGUGGAUUUGUUAAUGUAAGAUGAUUGCCUCAAAUGCCAUGCCACUGCCAGAUAAAAACAUUAUUUGCCACCUUUCGCUAGUACCUGAACAGAUUUUUGGUGCAUAGAACCUUUUCUGCCAUCACCAGUUGGAACUCUUGUGUCUAUUCAGUGGCCCUAGUCAAUUGAGUCUACUCAUGCAUGUCUGAUCAUUCUGAGCAGCCAACACUGCUGUUACAUGCAUUGAAACAUUAUAUUUGCUUCACACUGAUUUGAUCACCUUUGUUCGCUUUGUAGCAAUCAAAACAUAUCUAGCCAUCAUACUGUUACUAUUAAGUUGGGUUUCAAAAAUGGACAAGGAGGGAGAACACACACAUUCACAUGCUCAUUCACACCCAGGGUCAAUUUGGAAUAUCCAGUCCACCUGUAUUCAUGUUUUUGGACAUGGGGAGGAAAAUACAUAACCUGGAGGAGAGCCACGCAAACACAGGGAGAACAGGCAAAACUCCCCAUAGACAGUAAUCCGAGAUCAGGAUAAAGCCAGAAACCGCAGAGUUCUGAAGCGGCAAUGCUACCAGCUGUGCCUCCCAGGGGUAAUUCAGCUAUGGUAAUUCAGAUGUGGAAAGUUUUGUUGCCCAGACAGACCAUGGUUCUGCCUGUUGAGUGACCAGCAUACUGGCAUGUUCGCAACGAGUCAAGUGUAUUCUAGGAAUUAAAAAUUUUGAGUGAUUCAGUAGGCAUCAGUAUCAACAUUUUGAGUGAUUGUGAUCCUUAAUAAACUAUAUGCCUUCUGAUAGUAUAUCUGUACUGUCAGUUAUUGUCUGGCAGGGUGCACUGUUAGGAAAUAUUACAAACCCAUGCAAUGACUUGGAACUAGCAUGACAUAGUGGGGACCCACAUGGGGUCACAAUCACAAGCUGACAAUUUUGCUACUGAUACUCAGCAAGGAAAUUAGCACAUGGGUAGACUCCACUAGUUUUGAAGGAAACUGCCCUGGCAGUCAUAUGUAAACUUUGUUUGGUCUGUAGAGAAAAUCACUUAGUCUGCUAUUUCCUAUUUUGUUCACUAUUUUUACAUUUACAUUUACAUUUAUGGCAUUUGGCAGACGCCCUUAUCCAGAGCGACUUACAAUAAUUUUUCUUCAUUUACUGCUACUAUUCAUCCAAUAAAUUUUCAACUGUUUACAACACUUGAGUAUUAUAGGAAAUUUACAAGAUAAUAAACAGGCUUGUAUGAAAUUUAUUAUCUAAGCAGUGGUAUCAUCAGGUGCUCAGGUAUUUAGGUUUAACUUAAGAGUUUGUUGAAUGCAGUUCAACAAUUUGAAUGAAGCUUAGAGUUAUAAGCUAAUUUGGUCCUAUCAAUAGUCUUAAUUUCUUAAAGUUUUUAAUCAUUUUUGAAGGUUUAUAUAUUAUUUUAGGUAAGUAUUACUUUCAAUAGUAAUUUUGCCUUCUGGUUUCUAGGAAACACUGAAUUCAAAUUCACACUACUUCACAGUAUUGGCCAUAAUUGUAAACUCUAUAUCAGCCUCUGUCAGCUUAGCAGGUUAUACUGGGAAGCAUGAAAGCCCCACUGGAGGCAACGCAGUGAGAACAUAAACUGACCUUUUCUACAAACUAUCAUUUAAGAAAGUGUCAAUAAACUUUUCAGUAGAAUGAUCUUUGCAACAGAA